UAUCAGCAAAAUUUUUCGAUACGCAUCUAACGGUGUAGAUUUGACAUAAAAAUGACAAAAAAAGUAUUUGAACCUCUACUUCAAUUGUGGCCUCAGUGGUUCGCAACUCUAACAGUGACCUUAUUGACCAUUAAUAUUGGUCUCGCAAACGGUUGGACUUCUCCUUACUUGGCGCAACUGACCGAUGAAAAUGCGCUGUUUCAUGUAACGGACGAAGAAGGGUCUUGGAUAGCCUCUCUAUUACCACUCGGACGCCUCUUGGGCGCCGUCAUUGGACCUCUCAUUUUAGAAUGUAUUGGUAGCAAAAUGUCUAUCCUAUCAACGGGAUUACCAAUGAUCGUCAGCUGGAUUUGCAUUAUAUUCGCUACUUCCCCCACAUGGUUAUACGUCUCAAGAAUACUUUCAGGUACAGCAAUGGGAAUGAUAGUCAGCAGUUAUCCGCUUUACAUCGGUGAAAUUUCGGCGCCAUCAAUUCGCGGCGCUUUGGUAUGUCUGAUCAUGAAUGGAUUUCCCUUAGGCAUAUUCUUUGGUAGUAUGAUGGGUCCCAAUAUGUCAAUGAUGUAUUUCAGUAUCAUUAGCUUGGUAAUGAUGCUAUGCUACAUGAUUAUUUUUCCAUUUCUGCCACAAUCGCCGUAUUAUUACGUAAGACACAAUGACACUAAGAGAGCGGAACAAGCCAUUCGGUGGUAUUAUCGAAAACCUGAUAUAAAAAACGAAAUAGAAGCCGUGGAACUUUUCGUGAAAUCAACGCGUACAAUGAACAUGAGAGAACGAUUGGAACAGAUAAAGGAGCCAAAGAAUAGACGCUCUUUCAUAAUGAUGAUAUUACUUUUCAUGUUUAUGCAAAUGAGUGGACUAAAUACUAUUGUAUUUUAUACAGAAAUUAUUGUAAAGAAGGGAAAAGUGACAUCAAUCAUGCCUUCAACUGUAGUAGUCAUCAUCAGUGCAGUAUAAUUAUCGGCUGGAUGGGCAUAUAUGCC